AAAUAUAGGCAACAUCCUCCUAGAAAUUGUUCUGUCGGUUUAACGUUAUGGUAGGAUAUCCUUGUUCGGUGUGUUGGUACUAACAACUCCCCGCCCACAUUUUACAACACCGAGUGGGAUGGAAGGAAAAAGAAAACGAACAAUAACAGUGAGAACAACGCUGAGCUGCAGAUGUGUUAGCAGUAGUGCGGUGCAGGGCGAGCUGAGACAAGUUCUCUCGGCUCUCAUUUCGUAGAUUUGAAUUCAGAAAGGAAAUGCUUAGGUGAUUUUACAGUGCUUGGGUGAUGGUUUAUGUUGAAGAGCCAUCCAGUACUUCAAAGACAACAUGCUGGUGUAGUGGAAUCCCAGCCUUGGUAGCAGCACUUUGACCCUUGUUGAACUUGCUGCUCUAAGGCCUGGGAAUGGUCUCCAUCAUGAAAUCCAGUAUUAAACAAUGGAAGCAGCUGGUUCUUAUUGGAAUGCUGGCAUGGGUCCUCAUCAUCCUGGCCCUGUUUACCUACUUCAUGGACCUCCAUAUGGAUGAGCUGCAUACUUCAGUCUCCCUAACAUACUUUGAGACUAGAAGGCUGAACCCUAUUCAGGGUAACAACCGGGUCAUCAUGGGAUCUGUAAAAGACCCUCCGGUUUCUGAUGCCAAUAGCCGUAAUGACAUAAUCUAUAACCAAGACCUUGACAAGCAGGCAGCAGACACUUUAAUUAUAGACAGUUGGUCGAGUUUUGACAACACCGUAAAAUCCGCGUGGCAAAGAGGAAGUCAAAUGAAAAGGACUAGCAAUGAAGAUAAUAUGUUAGCUGCUGGUCAGCAACAACCUAAAAGCCUUAUUAACAAACACAUGGAGAAACCACUCCCUGGGGAAGAAGGCACUGAUGAAAACCAAAUUCGGUUGAAGUGGAGGAAGAAUUCUAGACGAGGAAACUCCAUGCGCAAGAAGGAGAAGGGGUUAGGGAUGGGAUAUGAUUUAGAGGAAUACUAUUUUAUGAAAUCGAAGUCUGUCAUUUCAAAGCUGUGGAAAGGGAACGUGUCGUCCAAGAUGCUGAACCCACGAUUGCAGAAGGCCAUGAAAGACUACAUGAAUGCCAACAAACACCAUGUAUACUUCAGAGGAAAGAGGAACGAUAAAAAGCUAAGCAAGGAAAAACUGCUUUGUGAGAUGAAGAACCAGCUGAAAGUGAGGACUCUGGAUGGGACGGAGAUGCCCUUUUCUACACUCGGAUGGGAGAAGCACGUCCCGAAGGUUUCCAUCGACAAACUCCAUCCUUCAGGCUUCAGGAGCUGUGCCGUUGUCACAUCUGCAGGUGCAAUGCUGAACUCCUCUUUGGGGAAAGAGAUUGAUUCCCAUGAAGCAGUCUUGAGGUUCAAUGCUGCCCCAUUAGAGGGUUAUCAGAAGGAUGUGGGAAAUAAGACUACUGUUCGCAUUAUUAAUUCCCAGAUUCUUGCCAAUCCAAACUACCGCUUCAAUACCAGCACACUGUACAGAGAUGUCACGCUGGUUGCCUGGGAUCCAGCCCCUUACUCAGUAAAUCUCCACAAGUGGUAUAAGAAUCCAGACUACAACCUUUUCACACCCUAUGUGGAAUAUCGAAGAAAGCACCCGGUGCAGCCCUUCUAUAUACUCCACCCUAAAUUCAUCUGGCAGCUGUGGGAUGUAAUCCAGGGAAACACCCUGGAGACAAUUCAGCCCAAUCCACCUUCCUCUGGCUUUAUAGGAAUCCUCAUGAUGAUGUCACUCUGCGAUGAAGUCCACGUCUAUGAGUAUAUCCCCUCGCUGCGGCAGACAGACCUGUGUCACUACCAUGAGCGAUACUACGAUGCUGCCUGCACCCUGGGAGCGUACCACCCGCUGCUCUACGAGAAACUGCUGGUUCAGAGAAUCAACAUGGGGACGGACAUCGACGUGCAAAAGAAGGGAAAAGUUAUCCUUCCUGGAUUCAGUGCCAUAAAGUGUGACGGAUGACUUUAAUCCUCAUGAUUAGGUUGGGCGAUUUUAAUAUUAGUGCAAUAACCAAUUACUUGCUAGUUAAGAUUAAACUAAAUAAAACUUGAAACUCUUAAUAUUGACCACUUUAGUAUUGACUUUCUAUCAAUAUCCUGGAUGGUAAGCAUCCUGCUUUCUCUCUCUUUUUUUUUUUUUUUUACUGAAAGGAGAAGCUCCACACCUGUAGGAGAAUGCUUAUGGCAUAUUUGUUUUUGCAAUUCCUGAGCCUAAAAUAAUUUGUACGUAGAUUUAUCAUUGAAGGUUUAUGAAUUUAGCUGGCAGGACACUUGGGCGAGAUUUCCAAAAGUAACUAGACUUUGAUUAGCUGUCAAAAUAAUGUGUUUUGUUAGUCAACCAUUUGUUAGAAAUGGUUUAGAUGGCUAAAAUUCCAGAAGAUUUAAACAUAUACAUUUUAUCACAUUCGUGCUUUGAAGAUACCAUCUUGUCUGAACAUGUCAUACACAAAACGGUUGACUCCUUUGGAACUCUGACAACCUAGAGUAAAUUCCCCUGAAAAAAAAUUACUUCAUUUAUAAGGUAUUUGACUAAAAAGGUAUUUUAGACGAGCAUCUAAACAAUUCACUACACUUUUGAUAGUGUAAUAUUUAUUUAACUAUGGCAGUCUUUGGCGUUAUGAAGUAUUCUGUUAUCACAGUAGCAUUUGGAAGUUGGAACUGUUCUAUUAUAAGAAGGUGAAUUGAAUUGUCCCCUCAGAUAUAAAGCUUGCAUCUUAAUAGGAAAAAUGUAUGUUUUUUUGUGGGUGUUUUUCUGCUGAUGUUAUAAGUGGUGUUGAUUACUCUAGAUUUUGGUCAUCAAGUGCAUGAAUUGUUUGAAUGGUAGUGUAUGUGUUAAUCACUCUGUACUGCAGUAAUGCACAUUUCAAUGUAAUACACUAGACUUCCAGCCUUUGCAUUGUUCAGUACAUGCAGUUCAACAUGUCUAAUAAAGUAUGUUCUGUCAGCCUUAA